AUGGCGGCGGCGUGCGGGCUGGGGCCGCUGCUGCGCGCGGCGUGCGCGGGGCGCGGGGGCCGGGGCGGGUGGGGCCGGCCGCAGGCCCCCGCCGGCUGCAGGAGCGCCCCGGGGGCCCCGCCGUGCCCAGGGGCGGCCUGGAGGCCGAGCAGGGCCGGCAGCUCGGCGGCAGACGCGCCGGCCUCCGGAGCAGCGGACGACCGCUUCCUGCAGUGGCUGCUGCUGGCCAUCCCCGUGGCUGCCUUCGGCCUGGGGACGUGGCAGGUCCAGCGCCGCAAGUGGAAGCUGAAACUGAUCGAGGAGUUGGAGUCCAGGGUGAUGGCCGAGCCCAUCCCGCUGCCGGCCGACCCCAUGGAACUGAGAGGCCUGGAGUACAGGCCAGUGAAGGUCAGGGGCCACUUUGACCACUCCAAGGAACUGUACAUGAUGCCGCGGACCCUGGUGGACCCUGCCCGCGAGGCCCGGGAGGCCGGCCGGAUCUCCUCCUCCACGGAGAGCGGGGCCUACGUGGUCACCCCUUUCCACUGCACGGACCUGGGGGUCACCAUCCUGGUGAACAGAGGAUUCGUCCCCCGGAGGAGGCUGGACCCAGACACCCGGCAGAAAGGCCAAGUGGAGGGCGAGGUCGACCUGGUGGGGGUGGUGAGGCUGACGGAGACCAGGAAGCCCUUCGUCCCCGAGAACAGCCCGGAGAGGAACCACUGGCACUACCGGGACCUGGAGGCCAUGGCCAGGGCAGCGGGCUCAGAGCCCGUGUUCAUCGAUGCCGACUUCAAGAGCACAGUCCCCGGGGGGCCCGUCGGCGGGCAGACCCGCGUCACCCUGCGGAACGAGCACCUGCAGUACAUCGUCACCUGGUACGGGCUGAGUGCAGCCACCUCCUACCUGUGGGUGAAGAAGUUCCUGCACCGAGCGCCCGGCGUGUAGGGGGCCAGCCCCUCCCAGGGGGCUCGGCACUCCACGGUGGACCACGGUGCCACCGCGUGAAUAAAGGCCCUGAACGACA